AUGAUCUACUCCUGCACCACUGGCUUCAGUCGGCACAUGCGCUGGGCCGUAGUCUUCGUCACCCUUUUGGUCCUAGCUGAUGGGCGGGUCCAUGCUGGUCAUGGUCCUAUGCAUGUGCUACCUCUGGUACCAGUUGGUACUACGGUGGACGAGACGCCCAGUAGGAAUGUGCGUGGUCGCGUUGGUGCCGUCAAACCACACCAUGCCAGCUCCUUUUUCGAAUACCACACUCUCGUCACAAAGCAUCAGAUAGAACGUCUCCGGGACCACCAUCGUGACCUCUUCGCGCAGUACUACAAUCCGGAUGGGGUAUCGGACCUCGAGGAGGGCAUGACCUUGGAGGGUGCUAAAGUGAAGAGGCACAGACAUGGUCGGGCCUACCAGGUCAGCGCGAACGGUGUCAUACCGCUGACGAACCUCCGAGACUCCCAGUACGUGGGUCCGAUAGGGGUGGGAACUGUCGACGACGGAGCGAAGCCCCAGGCCAUGGUCAACGUGGUUUUCGAUACUGGGUCGACCAAUCUCUGGGUGCAGUCGGCGUUGUGCAUCAGCGAGCCCUGUCGGAAUCGACAUAAGUUCAACAUGUUCGAGAGUGGCUCAUUUGAGAAUACUACAGUGCCCAACCACCUGGAUAUCCAGUUUGGCACAGGAGAGCUCCGGGGUCCGGAAGGGGUCGACACUCUGUCGGUGGGGCCGUAUCAGGUGAAAGACCAAACCUUCGCUAUGAUUGAGGAAGAGCUGGGAAAGAUCUUCUAUGAGAUACCGUUCGAGGGUAUACUCGGACUGGCCUUCCCGUCAAUGGCUGCAGAUGGUCAUGUGCCUUUCUUCGAUAACGUAAUGCGGCAGAAUGUCCUGGGGGGCCAGAACGAGUUUAGCUUCUACUUCGAGCCGAUGCCUUCAACGCGUUCAGCGAUUCUUUUUGGAGGAGUCGACUCGAGGUUCUACAAGAACGACAUCAAGAUGUUCCCAGUUACACAGGAACACUACUGGUCGGUCGACUUGGAUGACUUCCUCAUCGGCAACAAGUCGUUCGCAGCCUUGUCUAGUGGUACGCAGAGCUUCUUCGAGGACUUCAUGAAUGAAGUUGAUGAUGGAUCGUCUAGUUUUCGCACGGAGAGGCACGGGUCUGAUGAAGAGAAGAGGGUUAGGAAGUUGAUUAUUGAUACAGGGACUACGUACUUCACGGCCCCUCCGGGCCUGGCUGAAAAAAUCCUCCGUCGCUUGCCGGGCGGAGCAUGCAAUCAGAUUGCAGCCGACAAGGAGGCCUAUCCCGAUCUACACUAUAUGUUGCGGGAUGAGAACAGUCAACCGUUCGACUUGGCUAUACCCUCGUCGGUGUACAUGGUUGGCACGGGAGACGGAUACUGUGAGCCGGCUUUCAUGGCGAUACCAGUGCCUGAUGAGUACGGUCCUGCUUUCCUAUUUGGUGAGGUCUUUAUGAGACAUUGGUUCACCACUUUUGAUCGCGGCGAUGGGAGUCCGGGCGCGGCAUUUGUCGGAUUCGCAGAAGCGCGCCAUGAUGCCAGUAAGGUUGAUCGACGUAUCGUUAGGCAUCCGCCCUCCAAUGGAACACCUUAG